AUGCCCUCCUUCUGCAGUCACUACGCCUUGGAAGAUCUCGCCCUCAUAUCGCGUCGCGACGACCUGGGAGAAGACACCCCGGUCCUACGCGCUGCGUCCGAUGCACGUUCGGCGGGGUACGAGACCAUCUGCGUUCCCCUCGCGAACGACAAGUGGAAAACGCGAUGGAGAGAGCUGUGCCUUCUGAACCUCACCCAGGACCAGGAAACGCUGAACACGACGGAGCAGCGUGCGGAGGCGUGGAGAUCCAAACCCGCGUUCUUCCGGGACGAGCUCACCAUCUCUCGGCUUGACGAAGCUGAAUCUGUGAUCCCCCUCAUCUCGGAGUGGCUCGAGCUCGAUGCCUCGGACGAAUGGGUUCGGCACGACGCCGAGAUUGCUCUCCAGCAAGAAAUCGCGUUCGCCUCGUACCUGAAUGCGCAAUGUGUCAUCCUCCCCCCUCCCAACAACCGCGCCCAAGUCGGCUCGUAUGCACGGGCUGUUAACGCGUGUCUCAGCUCCGUUCAGUUCAUGGAGUUCGCUAUUCGGGUGCCUAUCUACGACGCGGUCACCGUGAUGCAGCAGUCGCAGUCUCAGGUGCCGUCUCGCGCCGCAUCCCCCGCACCUUCUCCCAUCGACCGCGACCGCGACCGCGACCGCCCGCCGAGCUCGCGCUUCUCUGUCUCCUCGAGCGAGUCCGUGGGCGGCCCAUCGGGAGGCGUGCGUGCGGAUACUCUGGGACCCGAGAGCAACAUGACGACGUGGGAGAUGUGGGACACGAUCCGCACGAUCUGCGGGUACAACCCGCGCCUGACGCUCGCGCUCGACCUGACGCCGCCAUUACCGCUCUCCUCGACGGUACUCGACCAAUGGCUCGCCGAGCCGGUCCGCUACCUCUGGCUGCCGGCAGGAACGUUCAUCGCAAACGCGAAGGGGUACCCCGUGUUGCCCAAGGGCACGCAAUCGUUCAUUCGGGACAUCAUGAAGCUCGCGCCAAACGUAAUUUUGUCGGGGACCAAGGCGAAGAAGCACCCCCGGGGAGGCGAUGUUGCGUAUACGCAGUAUGUGAAGCACCUCGAAAAAACGAGCCCAUCCGUCAAAGCGGCGCAGACCGCGGGCACCGUGGAGAAUUUCGCGCAGGGAUAUCAAGACUACCUCCAGGCACCGUUGCAGCCAUUAAUGGACAAUCUGCAAAGCAUUACGUACCAGACCUUCGAGCAAGACCCCAUCAAGUAUCGAAAUUACGAAGAGGCAAUCUUCUUCGCCUUGAAGGAAUGGGAGAAGCCCGGUCGGAUUACGCUGUGUGUUGCUGGUGCGGGACGUGGGCCGCUGGUCGCACGUGCCCUCAACGCCGUCGAACGCGCCAAGCGCGAGGUGUUCAUAUAUGCGGUCGAGAAGAACCCUAACGCAUACGUCACACUACAGGAGCGCCAGCGACUAGAAUGGGGCGAAGAGAAGGUGCGGUUAUUGUACGGCGACAUGCGCUCGCUUGAGAUUCCAGAGCAAGUGGACAUUCUCGUGAGCGAGUUGCUGGGUUCGUUCGGCGACAACGAGCUCAGCCCAGAAUGUCUAGACGGGGCACAGAGGUUUUUGAAGCCGGACGGCAUUUCCAUACCUGCGUCAUAUACCGCGUACCUUGCCCCUCUCUCGUCGUCAAAGCUUUUCAACGAGACGAAGGCGAGCAAAGAUACCCAAAAAGGAGCCGAGACGCCCUACGUGGUCAUGCUCCACGCCAUCAACAUCCUGAGCGACAGCGGGGCGGGCAUAAGUGGAUCCUGUGGACCUCGUAUACAAGAAUGUUGGGAGUUCGAACACCCUAGACGAGACGCGGUCGUCACGGAACAAGGACUCCCAUUAACGAACAGUCACAACGUCCGCUCAGCAAAGCUCACGUUCCAUAUACCCCAUGCCGGCGUUCUGCACGGGUUUGCGGGUUACUUCGAAGCCGUGCUGUACGGGAACAUCGGGCUGAGCAUUCACCCCGAGCGUAUGGGUAUAAUUUCGAAGGACAUGCUCAGCUGGUUCCCGCUUUUCUUCCCGCUACAGGACCCCCUAUACGUGCCGGCCGACUGCGAGUUGACGGUGUCCCUCUGGCGCCUAACAGACAAACGCAAAGUCUGGUACGAGUGGUCCGCGGAGGCAUUUCUCCCGGUACCAAGCUCGUCUGUAUCCUCGCCUAUAUGGCGCGACACGUUAUCGCCCAUCGCACCGCACUCACCCGACGCCAGCGCGUUCCUCAGCCCGCUCAGCUCCUCGGGAGGCUUCGGGGGUACGCCAACGAUCGUAACGAGCCCUCUGCUGGACGUGCCGCACCUCACCCUCGCGGUGCCCGAGCCGGGUUCGUUCUCGUCGAUGUCGCUGCCGGACGCCGCGGGCCGGGAAGGCGUGAGUCUGGUGAAGAUCAGCCAGACGGCGCUGCACAACCCGGGGGGCAGGAGCAGCUGGAUCGGGCUGUAG